UCCAGUCCCUUCCUUGUUCUGAGACGCUGCUCUUCAGAAGCUCAACUUCUCCUUGUAGCUGCAAUCUCUGAAGGGGCAAGAUGUCGAUGAUCUUAGAUGCCUUUGUAGGCAAGUGCUUGGAGAGGCUGACGAGUUUUAUUGACGAGAAGGCAGCCAUGUUGCUCGGCGUUAAAGAAGAUCUGAAAAAGCUGCAAAGGCUAAUGGUAAGGAUUCAAAAAGUUUUGGAUGACGCUGAGAGGAAAAGAUUGGAAGACUCCGCCAUAAACAACUGGAUUAGCGAGCUCAGAGAUGUCAUGUAUGAUGCAGAGGACAUCAUUGAUCUCUGCUUGAUCGAGGGCUCCCAAUUGCUUGAUGAAAAGCCCUCUUCCUCUUCGAAAUCCUGCUGCAACUCCUCUUUCUUCUCUUGCUUUCUCAGUGCUCCACAUCGCUAUGAGAUUGGUGAAAGGAUUAAUAACCUCAAUGGUAGGCUUGAAGAGAUCUACAAAGACCGGUCACAGUUCAACUUAGAUCAUCAUAACUCUAAAACAAAUCCUACAAUGGUGAAUAGUCAUCAGACUUCUCCAAUAGCAGCUGAGCUUGAAGUUGUUGGCAGAGAGAUUGAAGACGCAACCAAAGAACUGAUUAAGUUGAUGACUAGAGGGGAUGUGAGGAAACUUAGCGUUUUUGCAAUUACGGGCAUGGGAGGGAUAGGGAAGACCACUUUAGCUCAGAAAAUUUUCAACCACCACAAGAUUCAAGCUGAGUUCCAGAUCAAAGAAUGGGUCUGUGUCUCACAAAAUUACAAUGAGAUUGAUUUGCUGAAACAAAUGCUAAGAGGAGCUAAGAUGAGUUAUGGAGAUGCUAAUACUAAAGCAGAGCUUGAGCCUUUAGUAAGAUCAGCCAUAUCCGGGAAGAGUAUUUUUCUGGUACUUGAUGAUGUAUGGAGAGCUGAUGUAUGGAUUGAUUUGCUUCGAAAACCACUUCAUAGCGCGCAGAUUGAUGCUUUGAUCUUAAUCACAAGCAGAGAUGAAAAUGUUGCCAAGCAAAUGGGAAGUGUAUACAUUCAUCCUGUUGUUCAACUUCCAGUUGAAACUGGAUGGGAAAUGCUCAAAAGAAGGCUUGUAAUGAUCGGUGGAAGAGAGGAAGUGAUUUAUAAUCUGAGAGAAAUCGGUAUUCAAAUCAUUGAAAAAUGUCAUGGUCUUCCUCUUGCUAUAAAGGCUAUGGCUGGAGUUCUAGCAAGGAAGGAGCCAGUUGUGCAUGAGUGGAAGAAGGUUCUCAACAAUAAUGCAUGGUGCAUGAGCAAGCUUCCUGAAGAGCUCAGGGGUGCAUUAUACCUCAGCUAUGAUGACCUGCCAUCUCCCUUGAAGCAAUGCUUUCUGUAUUGCUCUCUGUUCCCUGCGGAUUGGAUGUUGUUCCGUGAAGAUCUUGUUAGACUGUGGGUAGCAGAAGGGUUCAUAAAAGAAGAGGGACAUUCUUUAAUGGAAGAUACAGCAGAGGAAUACUAUCACGAGUUAACUCGGAGAAACCUUCUGCAGUUGAAUCCUCUUAACUAUGAGGGUACAUAUUGCAAAAUGCAUGAUUUGUUUCGAGCUCUUGCUCAGUUCAUAUCCCGGGAUGAAGGUUUCAGCGGAAAUGUUACAGAAAAAACCACCAUACCAUUGACAAAGCCAAGACGGCUAGCAGUGGCAGGGAAAGGGACAGCUACUGGUGUCCUUGGUGCAAUACCUGAGUCGAAAUGUUUGAGAACUUUGUUCAUUUUCAGUGGAUUUCAAGCAGUUGAUUUUAAAGAGUUGGUAAGAUUUAUGCAUCUUCGAGUUCUUGACCUUACAGAAAAUGAGAUAGAAAGCAUUCCUAAUGCCAUUGGAGAUUUAGUUCAUUUGAGACAUCUUGAUCUCGACAGAACACUUAUAAGAGAGCUGCCUGAAUCAAUUGGGCGAUUAACUAACUUACAAUUUCUGAGUCUUUGUGGAUGUAAAAAUUUGACAUAUUUGCCAAGUAGUAUUACUCAGCUACAAAAUCUAAGGCGUUUGGCUCUUUCUGAUACGCCGCUUAAGUUCAUACCCAAAGGCAUAGAGAGAUUGAAGCAGCUCAAUGGCCUCAAAGGAUUUGUUGUGGGAGAUGACGGUAUCAGUAAUCAGGUUGGAGGAAAACAGGUAAUAAUGCACAGUACAUUGAAGGAGCUUAGCUCUCUUUCCAAACUUAGCAUCCUCAACCUAUACAAUCUGGAAAGGGCUCAUUCAGGCUCUUUAGUUCUUGGACAACUUUCUCAACUCAAGGAGCUGCUGCUUUCCUGUAGUCCUGUUCAUAGUAAUGAUCACAAAAACGAGGAACCCUUUUUAAUUGAAAAGCUCUUUGAGGAAUUAGUCCCAUCCAAAUCCCUGGAACAACUGUAUAUCAAAGGAUACUUCGGCCUAAGUUACCCGAAGUGGAUGCUAUCACUGUCACUUGGAUCAUAUCUUCCAUAUUUAUCAAUCUUAGAUCUAGUGGACAACAUGUCGUGUCCUCUGCUUCCUCCGCUGGGCCAAUUGCCACAAUUGAGAAUACUUUAUAUUGCUGGAGCAAAUGCAGUCAAAUGCAUUGGACUAGAAUUUCUUGGUGGAGGUGUAGCAGCAGCAAGGUCUGAGCGCAAAAUAGCUUUCCCAAUGCUUCAACUUCUUACGUUCCAUCGCAUGGAGAAUCUGGAUGAAUGGUUCUUUUCGUAUGAACAAUUAGAGAAGAGUGAUGGUUCACAGAAACUCGUGCUAUUUCCUCGUUUGCAUGAACUGAUCAUUGUAGACUGUCCUAGGCUGAGAUCACUUCCUAAUGGACUGGGUAGAACUGGUUUGAAAAAGCUUUUUGUUACCGGAGCUAAUAGGAUUAAAGAAGUAUGUAAUCUCACCCACAUAGCUGAAUGGGUUGACAUGCAUUUCAAUCCAAGCUUGGAGAGGAUCUCAAAUCUUCCUGCACUGAAACGCCUUGCAUUGAGAGAGUGCUAUGCUUUAAAAUAUGUGGAGAGUUUGGAUGGGUUGCGGCAGCUGGAACUCGUUGAUGAUUCCAUGGAUUGUCUACCAGAGUGGUUACUGAGGCUUAUUGAAGAGAGGCUAAGUGGAAGAGAAGCUCAGGAAGAUGAAGAUGAUUUCCUGCUUCAGUUAUGGUGCAAUGAAAGGGUGCUUAGAAGAUGUCUGAGAGGAGGGGAAGAUUGGGCUCUUAUCGAGCAAAUUCCACGGCUGAACGCUUACGUUAAAGAGGGAGAAGGAUAUCUGCGCUUCGUUAAGCAACCUUUCUGCUACGAGACCAACUUUUGAGCUCUAUAAUAACUCGUCAAAUAAUAAAUGGAGACAGAGGGAAUUAAAGAGAUUUACUUUUAAGCCUCUUCACUGGAUUUUUCUUUGCUUUUCUACGAGCUGUAUACUCUUUAAACUUAAUAGAUCAUUCUUCUUAAUGAACAUAGUUCACAUGAUUAAUGUAAGCAC